CAUCUUGCCGUCAGUCUUUCUAUUAGGUAUCUGUCGUUAUCAAAGCUAUUAUUAGAACAUGUCGACUUCUAAUCUAUUCAAAAUGACAAUUUUGGGGGCUCCGGGUUCUGGAAAAGGAACAAUAUCUUCACGGAUUGUUCGAGAUUUUGGCCUGAAACAUUUAUCUGUGGGUGAUUUGCUGAGAGCACAAGUUAUGAGAAAGACAGAACUUGGACUAUUGGCUCAGGAUUACAUGUCCAGCGGAGGACUUGUACCGGACAACAUAGUAGUUAAUCUUGUUUGUGGUGAGCUCAAUUCACUCUCAGAUGUAAAGACUGGAUGGCUGCUUGAUGGAUUUCCUCGCACCAAGCCUCAAGCUGAAGCUUUGCAACUACAGCAUCAACUUAACUCUGUUGUGAGUUUGGAAGUACCUCAUGCAGUCAUAGUAGAUCGAAUUAAAGGACGGUGGGUGCACCUGCCCUCAGGAAGGGUCUACAACACGGAGUUCAAUCCUCCUCAGAAACCUGGAUUUGAUGAUGAAACUGGUGAGCCUUUAAUUCAACGACCAGAUGACCAGCCAGAAGCUGUUGCUCAGCGCCUCCUGAAUUAUGAGCGCAAUACUGAGCCUCUCAUAAAAUACUAUAAGAACCUUGGCAUUCUUCAGCAAUUCCAUGGAACUGAAAGUAAUAAAAUCUGGCCGUUUGUUAAAGAACAUCUUGCAACAUGCAUAGAUUUUAAAAAGUAGAUUCUGGUAGUAUGUAUGACAACUUCAACAUGCAUGACAACUCCAAUGUAUAUUCGUUCCUGUUUUUUGGGUAAAUUUUACUACGAUUUUUUUCUGACGGUACUAAACCCUUUAAUAUUCCCAUUCCAUUUUUUUUGUUCUCUAAUUCCAAUGUUCAUUCCCAUGAGAUAAUGUGACUGUCUUACUUGUUUUGAAUUCAGCUUGAAAGGAGUUACCCUACUAUGUCUGAAACACCCUCUACACAAAACUUGAAAAGCCAUGAUAUCCCUUAUUAUAGCUGUUUUUAUUGUUUUUUUUUCAACUUGACUAAUUUUAUUUAAUCUCAGAGAUGAUAAUUGGUGAUGGUGAAACAUUUUCAGGUUUAAACUUGUAAUGGUAUUCCAAAAAAAAAAUGAAGCUAAUGUAGAGCUUUUCUUUUCAGUGUAAAAAUUGUAUAUAUUGGCUUCUAAAUUUUUGUAGAUGUCAGAUCAAAAUUAUGUCUUGUACUUAGAAAAAGACUCUUGGAGUGAAAAUUGGGUUAUCUCGACUGUGCCUUACAUGCAGAAAAAGUAUUGACAUCAAACAGAUUGUUGUUCUAAUUUAUAUCAUGUGUUGGGAUUCUUUUGUUUGAUUUAAUUUUUAUACUAUCUUCGUGGGAAAUGACAAUCUAUUCAAAGGUAUUCUGAUAUCCUGUUACCAAUUUUCAUGAAAAAGGCUUUAUUGUUGUAUGUGCAUUUCUAUAUUCGCAUUCUUAUUCAUGGAUUUUUCGUACUAUUUUUAUAUCUAAUUAAGGCUUGAAUAACUUGAGCUAUUCUUAACGCUUAUACCUGUGAAGUCAAUCUAUUUAAAGUCUUAAUAAUGAUGAGUCUUUUACAAUAUUAUUCACUAUAACAUUUUAUGUACCCCCGUUUUAAAUAAAGUAUAGUUCUUUA